CUCCUCCUCCUAAGGGGCACAGCGCUCCCACUGACUGCGCGUUCAGGCAGCCGCCUUCUGAAGGCAUGGCUUUCCCUGCAGGAUUUGGAUGGGGGGCAGCCACGGCAGCCUAUCAAGUGGAAGGAGGCUGGGAUGCAGAUGGAAAAGGCCCUAGUGUCUGGGACACAUUCACCCAUCAGGGAGGAGAGAGAGUUUUCAAGAACCAGACUGGCGAUGUAGCUUGUGGCAGCUACACUCUGUGGGAGGAAGAUUUGAAAUGUAUCAAACAGCUUGGAUUGACUCAUUACCGCUUCUCUCUUUCCUGGUCACGUCUGUUACCUGAUGGGACGACAGGUUUCAUCAACCAGAAAGGAAUUGACUACUACAACAAGAUCAUUGAUGAUUUGUUAACUAAUGGGGUUACUCCCAUACUGACCCUCUACCACUUUGAUUUGCCUCAGGCCUUAGAAGACCAAGGAGGUUGGUUGUCAGAGGCAACCAUUGAAUCCUUUGACAAAUAUGCCCGGUUUUGCUUCAGUACGUUUGGGGAUAGAGUGAAGCAGUGGAUCACCAUAAACGAGCCUAAUAUUUAUGCCAUGCUGGGAUAUGAGCUUGGCAUAUUUCCUCCUGGUGUACCUCACUCAGGAACUGGAGGUUACCAGGCAGCUCAUAACAUGAUUAAAGCUCAUGCCAGAUCCUGGCACAGCUAUGAUUCCUUAUUCCGAAAAGAUCAGAAGGGUAUGGUGUCCCUAUCAAUUUUUGCUGGCUGGGCAGAACCAGCAGAUCCCAACUCAGUAUCUGACCAGGAAGCUGCUAAAAGAGCCCUCUCUUUCUGCUUGGAUUUCAUUGCUAAACCUAUAUUUAUUGAUGGUGAUUAUCCUGAAGUUGUCAAGUCCCAGGUUGCCUCCAUGAGUAAAAAGCAAGGCUAUCCAUCAUCAAGACUUCCAGAAUUUACAGAAGAAGAGAAGAGAAUGAUCAAAGGCACUGCUGAUUUCUUUGCUGUGCAAUAUUAUACGACUCGCUUAGUCAAAUACCAGGAGAACAAGAAAGGAGAAUUGGGUAUUUUGCAGGAUGCGGAGACUGAAAUUCUUACAGACCCAUCUUGGAUAAGUCUGGAUUGGGUCUAUGUGGUGCCAUGGGGAAUACGUAAACUACUGAAAUACAUUAAGGAUACUUAUAAUAACCCUGUAAUUUACAUCACUGAGAAUGGAUUUCCCCAGCUUGACCCUGUAUCUCUUGAUGACACUCAGCGCUGGGAGUAUUUCAGACAGACAUUUCAGGAACUGUUCAAAGCUAUCCAACUUGAUAAAGUCAAUCUUAAAGCAUAUUGUGUGUGGUCUCUUCUGGACAACUUUGAGUGGGACAGGGGGUACAGCAGCCGGUUUGGUCUCUUCCACGUUGAUUUUGAAGAUCCAGCUAGACCCCGAGUCCCUUACACAUCAGCCAAGGAAUACGCUAAGAUCAUCCAAAAGAAUGGCCUGGAGGGAGAUGCAUAAAAAUGAUGGCUGGGCAAUUUCACCUGGAGAAGAGGCCUCUGCUUUUGGAAAGAAAAUCUGCUUUGGUGAUCCCUCAGAUAAACUCAAGUUGCCUUUGUAAUCAACAGCUCCUACCAACAGAUGGUGAUUGUGAAGUCUGAAUAUGUAAUGCCUGCGGAUGUAUUUAAUGAUGGCCUUACUCUAUUUGCAUUUGGAUCAAUGAAGUUUUCAGGAAAAAUAGAAUAGAAAACCACUGAAAUUGAUUUUUAUAUUAAGAAAUCAGAUAGACUUGGAAACUUCAAUUUAAAUCCUUAGAAUUUUUCUAGAAAAAAGAACGCAAAAUUUAUCAAGACAGUAUACUCGUGAUUUGCAACUCUAACAGACCACUUAUUACAAGAAUACUUGUUUCUGAGCCCAUUUGUUCUGGUUACAUAAACUAUUGUUUGCUUAGUGGAUCCACUGUUGUGGUUCAUCAUUUUUCUACUAUUUAAUCUAGUAUAAAAAAUCAAAAUUAAAACUUAGUCACAUUAUAUAGUUAUGCGUUCUAUUCACCAAAGCGAUUAAUUGGUAAACCAUUUAAUAAAAUCGAUUUGUUGAUGUUGA